GUAAAAAAUACCGACGUGAAGUAGGCUAUGUUAAUGUAGUCCUAAGCUCGCUGUACCAUAAACAUUUAGACAUUUUUAGUCAUCAUGUCGGAUCCUGAGGUGGAGGAUCGCGAAGCCAGAGAAAUCAGACGUAAAUGCCGUACUGUUGAAUUCAGCAUAUGGAAGUUACGAGUGAGCCUAAAUCCUGUAGUUACCAUCAUCUCAGCAAUUAUCAUUUGGGGCUUUGUUGUAUUUUGUCUGAGAUGGACGGAUUUGGCCGGGGAUUCCUUGCCAAAAGGCAAGCGAUGGGUCACCAAAGUCUGGACGUGGCUUUAUAUCGGGACACAGGACGUCUGGGCUGUGUUCAUAGUUGCGCUGUACUUUUCUAAGUACGGUAAACUGAAACUUGGGAAAGAUCAUGAAAAACCCGAAUACAGCGAUGCGACGUAUUUCACGAUGCUGUUCGCUGCUGGUAUCGGCGUUGGAUUGUUCUACUUUGGUGUCGCUGAACCCAUUUACCAUUAUGAGCCUGGAAGCCAGUGGGGAAACCGCUACCAGGGAAGGUACUCUGACAACCAGCGUGCUCAGGACGCAAUCAACAUCACCAUCUUCCACUGGGGGGUCCACGGGUGGAUCGUCUACACCAUGAUCGGACUCAUCUUGGGCUUCCUGUCCCAUCGCAAGAAGAUGCCUAUGACCAUGCGCUCCUGUUUCCAUCCGUUGCUAGGCGACAAGAUCUACGGUACCCUUGGUGACAUGAUUGACAUCUUGUCUGUUGUGUGUACUAUACUGGGUGUGUGCACCAGUCUGGGACUAGGUGUCAUUCAGAUUAACAACGGGAUGAACCGGAUGAACAAGAAUAUCGAGGAGAGUAAGGAAAAUCAGGUGAUUAUCAUUUGGUGCAUCACGGCGGUUGCCACCUUAUCCGUCAUCAGUGGCGUCAAGCUCGGAAUCAGACGACUCAGCGAGUUAUGCUUCUCUAUUGGCAUGUUUAUCUGGUUCGUCGUCUUCUUCUACGAUGACACUUGGUACAUCCUCAACAUCUUCUGCCAAAGUGUUGGGUACUACCUCCAAUGGCUCAUUCAGCUCGGCUUCCACACCGACGCCUUUGCCCAAGCCGGUAAUGCCCCGGAUGGGAAGCAGGCCGUUGAUUGGAUGGACGGCUGGACCAUUUUCUACUGGGGCUGGUGGAUCGCAUGGUCUCCGUUUGUGGGCACGUUUAUUGCCAGAAUCUCCCGUGGAAGGACCAUCCAAGAGUUCAUCAUGUACACGCUGACCGUCCCUACCAUUUACUCGCUAAUGUGGUUCUCCGUGUUUGGAGGAGCAGGGCUUAAGAUGGAGCGAAAUGCCGCCAUUGCCGGGAUCAACUGCUCGUGGCCUCUCGGUGGGGCAACAGCGACAGAGCCAUAUAACGGUCUGUACCGUCUGUCCUGCCGUCCCUCCACCAGCAUGUGGUUUGACGUAGUUGAAUCGUAUGGUGGGUUAGGGACGUUCAUGUCCGGCAUAUCGCUUGUCAGUUUGGUCCUGUACUUCGUCACAAGCUCCGACAGUGGCUCACUCGUGGUUGACAGUCUAUCAGCCAAUGGCCAUCCAGAUCCACCGGUGCUGCAAAGAAUCUUCUGGGCCUUGACUGAAGGUGCAACGGCAACGGCGCUGCUAUGGACAGGAGGUAAGAGGGCUCUUGAUGCGCUGCAAGCCGCGUCCAUUUGUUCUGGCUUGUUCUAUACUGUCAUCUUGAAUUUCAUCGUGGUGGCCAUGUGGCGACUGCUGAAGAUCGAGAUGGGUGACUUGUCUCCGGACCACCCACAGUUCUCGUUUGGACUGCUCGAUAUUUUCUAUUACCCGACAUGCAGGAGGAUCAAGGAUUUGUUAAUUGCAAUCAUUGCGCCUUGGUGGCCCAUGGGAAAUGCUGCUGGAAGGCUCUACGGUCAGAAUCGUUUCGUCUUCAUGGCCAUUAUCGCCGUCCCGUUCUACGGCUGGUUGAUCUGCGAGAUCCUGCAGGUCCUCGAGGUCGGCCUCGCGUACAUCGGGUGGGCCAUCCUGUUUGGGUUCUUCGCGUACGGCACAGGGAUUCGAUCGCAUAUGCGCGACGAGUUCAAAAUACUCGGUAACCUGGCGGAGGAUUUCUUCGCCGUCAUGUUGUUGUACCCGCUGGCAGCUAUGCAGAUGGACGAACACAUGCGCCACGCCCACCCGAGACGAGCAGAGGUUGGUAAAGAAAACGUGGCCAUGGAUGAUAUGCCGCCCAAGGACCUUGAAGCUAACACUGACAGGAACGGACUUCCUUCGUACAAUGACGUAGAUAUGGGCAAGUUUUAGGCAAAUGCUUUGAUUGGAUCACCUCUAAAAGCGUAGUUUUAAACAAAUGUUCUGAUUGGUGGAGCUCAAAAAGCGGUACAGCGAAGUUUUAAGCGAAUGUUCUGAUUGAUUCAAUUGGGCGAUGACGUAACUCUGUCUCACCGUUUUGAUUGGACAGUCCAUUUUUCAAACUGCCCCGCCUGCCGAAAGAAGUUUUAUUUUAUUAAAAUAACUUUUAAUAUUGGAUUUUACGUUUUUAUUUUUCUAGGCACUAGUGCUCUCAUUUUCAACACUUUUUAAUGCUGCAUAGCAAUAUUGUUCCAAAGCUAGCUGUUGUAUUUUAAAGCAUUUGUACACGAAAAAUAGAUGAAAAAAGAACACAUAAAAUUCAUGACGUACCUUACCUCGAUAGACAAAGGAUUUUCAUGUUAAUUGCCAAUGUUUCGCACACCUACAUCCAUAACCUACGCACAUUUAUCUAGGGAUAUAAAAAAAUGAUUGAUGAUAUUUUUAAUAUCCAUUUUAUUCUAAUUCGCUGAAUAUUAUAAUUCUCUAGAACUUUAUAGCUAUUUUUAUUAUCUCAUGUAAGAUUUAACAAUAAAACAUUUAACAAUAAA